UUUGACAGUUGAAAGCGGCUGACCGAAUACAUUCGUCCGAGUGCUGUCAAAAUAAUUGGAAAAGAUGGUGGUGUGGAGUGGAUUAUCUCGUUCUGUGGCGAGCCUAAGCCAAAUUAAGCCAGUUUUAAACCCUCAAAGCUUAUCCAAGGCUUUUAAGAAUGGUCUCCAGAUACGAAAAAUGUCUGGUGAUGGACACCGCGAUAUAUUCUACGUCACUCCAAGUAGAUUUCAAUGGAAUAAGUUCAAGGAUAUGCUUCACUUCUAUGUCAUGCUAGGAGUGAUUCCAAUUACUGCCAUCGUUUUCUAUACAAACGUCUUCAUCGGGCCGGCACAACUCACUGAAAUCCCGGAGGGUUACACACCAAAACAUUGGGAAUACCACAAGCAUCCAAUUUCUCGCUUCUUGGCCCGCUAUCUGUAUCCGUCACCACAGCAGGAGUACGAGAAGAUGUGCCACUAUCUCUAUGAGGAAAAUGAAAAGGCCCAGAUAAGGAAACUUGAGACCAAAAUUCGUGACAUGAUGCGAGAGCGACAGGAUUACCAAGCCUAUUACUACCGCCCGGCUAUCGCCAAGUAUCACAGAGUUUCCAAGGAGGCAGCUGACUACCUAGAAUCCAUUCGUGGCGACUAAAGUCCAUAAACUACUCCACCAGUAACGGCACAGAGAUUGUGGGAAAUCGGAACACGGGGCUGCCACGGAAUCAUUUGUAGAAAUAUUUAAUAAACUUAAGAGAUGGAAAA